AUGGCGGGGGCUGUCCAUCUCCCGUACCGCUACCUGGGCAAAAGCGGGCUGAAGGUGUCCUCGUUGUGUCUGGGAACCAUGACGUUCGGGCAGCAAGAGGGAUGCCGGCCUGGACAGAGCAACGAGGUGCUCUCCCAUCAGCUACUAGACCAGUACAUUGGAGCCGGCGGCAACUUCAUAGACACUGCAGACAUCUACCAGCAUGGGCUGAGUGAGCGAAUAAUAGGGCAGUACUUUGUCAAGAGGCCCGAGUUGAGGUCCAAAAUGAUCAUCGCUACAAAGGUAUUUGGUCCGAUGGAGCGAGACGACGUAAAUGCCCGCGGUCUCUCUCGUCACCAUAUCAUGCAGGCCGCUGAGCAGAGCCUCCAUAGACUCAAUAGUGACUACAUCGACCUCUACCAGGUCCACUGUUGGGAUGAUGGAACUCCACUGGAGGAAACGCUGCGUGCCCUCAACGAUCUGGUCGUGUGUGGUAAGGUGCGCUAUGUUGGAGUCAGCAACGUGACCGGCUGGCAGUUUCAGAAGAUAAUUGACAUGGGUCGCCAGCUGGGACUCAACCAGAUCGUCAGCAAUCAGGCCCAGUACAAUCUGCUGUGUCGUUCCACUGAGUGGGAGAUAAUGGAGGUCUGCAAGAGAGAGGGCGUGGCUUGCCUUCCCUGGAGCCCCCUGAAAGGUGGUCUACUGACAGGUAAGUUCCAGAGAGACAGGGAGAUAUCGGAGGACCCAGAGAGCUCUCGCGUGGCGUGGGUUGAAGCGGACAAAUCUCGCUCCAACCAGUCCCACCCCAGUCUCCAGCAGUGGGCCGAUAGAGAGAUGUUCUGGGGACUGACGGACACACUGGGAGACAUUGCUGUUGCUCACGAGGCCUCGGUGGCACAAGUGGCCAUCGCAUGGUUGCUGCACAAGCCGACGGUCGCGUCAGUCGUGAUAGGAGCCAGAAAUGCCGCACAGCUAAAUGACAAUCUCCAGGCUGCCAAUCUUAGACUCUCUCAAGACGAGUUGGAUCUUCUUGACAAGAAGAGUGAGAUAGAGCUGCCCUAUCCAUACGAGAUGGUAUUCAGAAUGCAGAGAGGGCGAGAGAGAGACACGUAGACUCUACAGUUAGUACCGCACAACAAUGUGCAUAAAACUACAGCUAUCUAGCAACAAAAUUAUAGCUCAGUUUUUCAGCUCCCUUUUCAGUUUCGUAUUAUUAUUCUGCAGUGAUCUCUUUUUGCAGGAAUCGAAAAAUCUGUUGCUCAAAGUGAAGUAUUUUAGAUCAUGAAAUGCACGGGAAAAUAAUCGACUGUUUAAACAAAGCAACACAAUGUGCACUUUCAAAAGUAAAAUCCUCUGACAGAAUAAAAUGAUUGCAGUGUUCCAAACUGUGACAGGUGUACGUGACGGUAUGAAACGAUAAUUGACGUGGUGGGUAUAAUCAUAGCCUGCUAGAGGGAACAAUGUAUUAUGUAUGUACAAACCCUCUGGUAUUAUAAUAAUUAUUAUAACUGAUCACAGUGAUAAAACAAACGUGGUGAUUACUGGUUCUUGCAUCAGUGGCGCAAAGUAUUGGGUCGUGCUGUGCUGAUUCACGUCAGGAGAGAUGGAAACAGUCUUUCCCUUCUCUCAGAGCAAAACCAAGCUUCUCUCUCAUCACUUCGACCGUGGAGUAGUUGGGCAACUUGAGGUAGUUGACACACGUCAUGACAGAGGGAAGGAAGUCGUCCGCGUUCUGUGGUGACUCGACCGUCUUUCGGACUAUCGUCAGUGGAGGGUUGAGUGCCUUGAAACCUCCUACUGGCAGUCUCGGGGCUCCCGGUCACAAACUGGAUGAACUGGCGCUGCUCGAGGGUGUCGUACGUGCUGAGUACCUCAAACAGGUUCUGGACAGUGGCACUGUCGUGGGAGUACCCGUGAUCUGGUCUGCAGCAAUCCAUCAGCUCUUUGACGUCCCAUUUCUGGUGGUUUGCACCGCACAGCAACAUGUCCAUCUGAAAGGGGUAGAAGGUGUGUAGACUGGAGAGAGGAAGGACAGAGGCCACUCCCUCCUUGAAGGCCUCCAC